CAGCCACCCCGUGCAUCAAGGCCAUCAGCCCCAGCGAGGGCUGGACCACGGGCGGUGCCACCGUCAUCGUCAUCGGGGACAACUUCUUCGAUGGCCUCCAGGUGCUGUUCGGCACCGUGCUGUGCCACAGCCCCUCGGGACAAUGUCCCCGGCCCGGGGAGGGGACAGUGAGCUCACGGUGUCCCCUGUCCCCAGCCCUGAACGAGCCCACCAUCGAUUACGGGUUCCAGCGGCUGCAGAAGGUGAUCCCGCGGCACCCCGGGGACCCCGAGCGCCUGCCCAAGGGGGGGUUCUCGCGCAGCCCCGGGACGCCCCCGGCGCGGGGGUUCGGCCCCCCGGGCUCGGCCCCCCAGCAGGGCUUUGCCGGGGCCACCGGGGGCUUCGGCGGGGCCACCAUGGCCGGGCUGGGGGUCCCCGGGUCCCCUCCGAGCUUCCUGAACGGCUCCACGGCCACCUCCCCCUACGCCAUCCUGCCCGCCAGUCCCCCGCUUGGCGCCUCCUCCGUCGCUGUCACCUCGGGCCCGGGCGCGGCCACCCCGCCCGGUGGCUUCUCCUUCUCGCCGGUGACGAUGAUCUCGGCCGUGAAGCAGAAAAGCGCCUUCUCCUGCCCGCCAGUCCCCCGCUUGGCGCCUCCUCCGUCGCUGUCACCUCGGGCCCGGGCGCGGCCACCCCGCCCGGCGGCUUCUCCUUCUCGCCGGCGCGGCUUCUCCUUCUCGCCGGUGACGAUGAUCUCGGCCGUGAAGCAGAAAAGCGCCUUCGCCCCCGUGCUGCGGCCGCAGGGCUCCCCCCCGCCCGCCUGCACCAGCGCCCUGCAAGACCCAGCUUUUGAGGACUCGGACAAAUUCCACGCUCCGGCGCGGCCGCUCCAGGGAUUGGCCUAUUCCUAA